GUACUUCAUAUAUCUAUGACAAUACAGCCUGAUGGCAGCACUAAAGCUACUGUUAAAGUUCCAUCAUUACAAGAUGCCCAGUAUGCCAUAUCACGAUUGCACCGGAGAAAAAUUGGUCACAAACGAAUACUUAUAUCAUAUGUAACAUCUGAUAAAAAUCCACCUUUUCAUGUUUUAAAAUCUGAAGCAGUUGCUCUUUUAAAUGACAUCCCAACAAAAAGUCUGCCUUUAAUCAAAUUCCGAGAGCUUUAUGAAAAAAGAUAUCAUCGACCUAUGACAGUCUCUGAUCUGUACAAAAUGAGAGAUGCUGUUACCAUUCAAGGAGACUCGGGUAGUCGCAUUGUAUACUUAAGUUCAGAGUAUUGCAAAACUCCUUCAAUUCCAGAAUCUGAAGAUUCUCAAGAUUCUAAUGUUGUGGAAAAACAGUAUUGCGAACGUCAUUUUCACAUUUCUUCUUCACAAGGAUGGGCCGAGCAGUAUAGUGUAUGUCCAUUGCCGCUUGUGUAUAUGUCUUUAAAAACAUUGUCGACUGCUGUACAUACUUUAUUAGAUACUCAUCAAGGCUGUCUUCCAUUAAUCAGUUUCUGUGAUUGUUAUGAGGCAGAAAUUGGACCGUUGCCUGUUGUUGGCAAUGGUAGUUAUCAUAGUACUCCCAAAACCAACAAAGGAGUGCCCCUUGAACAUCUCAUUGCUUGUGUAACAGGAGUAGAAGUUGCAAAAUCAGUUCUGUGCAUCAAAAAAGUUCAAUGGCUAGAAAAGAAAAUCGAUUCCCAGGCAUAUCAGAAUGUUAGUCCAGCAUUAGCUGGUCAAUUAACAUUGUUUGGAAGGGAAGUAAUGGAUCUUCUGAAAAGUCAACCACAUUGCUUAAUUCAGUUCAAUAAGUUCAUUCCUAUAUAUCAUCACCAUUUUGGAAGGCAGUGUAGAGUUGCUGACUAUGGUUUCACCAAGCUGAUUGAUCUUUUGGAUUCAAUCCCACACAUUGUUCAGGUUUUAGGGGAAGGCCAGAGUAGGCAAGUUACUCUUACUCAUCGCACCCAAAUUAAAAGAUUUGCUGCCGAACUUCUCAGGAUUUUGAAAUCUCGCGCUAGUAAACAAAUAACUGUAACAGAAUUUCCACAAGCUUAUGAACAAGUUAUAGAAAAACCAUUUGAUAUUACAAAUUAUGGAGUUUGUGAAAUUGAUGACAUGCUAGAUGAAGUACCAGAAAACGUAAUUGUUACUUGUAACUCGGGCAGUGAAAUAAUAAUUGGGAUUCCAAAACGAGAACAAACUCCUGAAGAAAUUGAAAGAACAAAGCUAUUCGCCGAAGAAGUUAUUGAGUUAAUGAAACAUACACCAAGCUGCUCUAUGACCUUUAGCAAAUUCAUUCCAUCUUAUCAUCAUCAUUUUGGAAAACAGUGCCGUGUAGCUGAUUAUGGAUUCAUCAAAUUAAUAGAACUUUUUGAAGCAAUACCAGAUGUUUUAGAAGUGAAAGGAAAUGGAGAAGAUAAAAUCUUAAAUUUAGUUGAAGUGGAACAGCAUAAGAUUCUGACUGACCGCCUUGUAUCAGUACUUAAAGCACAACCAAAUGGAAUAAUUGAUGUUAAUCAAAUUAGCUCAGCAUAUGCCCAAAUGCAUGGCCAUGCAUUAAGACCAGCAGAUUUUGGUUUUUCUGAUUUACAAGAACUCCUGAGGAAAAUGAACUCUGAAAUUAGGGUAUUUGAUGGAUAUGGGUGGAGUUAUGUCUCUCUUGUGGAUCAUAAGUUUAUUCAUGAGAUAUCAUUAAAGUUGAGACGUUUAUUAAUGGAGCAGAGUGAUGGAAAAUUACCUACCAAAGAGUUAAACAAAGUGUUUCAGAAUCGUUUUGGACAAGCUAUUGACCUUUCUCCAUACUUUCAAGACUUUACUGAUGCUAUUAGUGUUGAUGAAGGAUACGCACAAUUAACACCGAUUCAUCUACUUGCGAGAGACAUUAUAAUAUUACUGCAAGAACAUGAUUCACAUAUGCUUCUGCAAGGUUUUAAUAGUUUAUUUUUUGUGCGAUUUGGAGUGACCAUCUCUCCUCCAAAUUAUGGAUUUUCUAGCAUGCAUAGUUUGUUGGAAAGUCUUUCAGAUUAUUUUUCUGUCAAAGGACGAAAGCAGAAAAGAAUGGUUUGGCUGAAUGAUAAAAUAUCAGAUUUUCCUCUCUUACUAGUAAAUUUCAAAAAGUCUCCUGCCAUAGAGAAUAAUAGAAAGGGAAAAGAAGAUGGUUCUCAAACGAGUUCAGUAACUCCAGCUAUUAGCAUUUCCAAGUGCAGCUCAUCACUUUCUAAUCGAAAGAAAAUUGAUGCAAUUUAUAAAGACAGUUCCUCUUCACAUGACUCAUCUCAAACGAAAUUUCAAACUUGUAAAUUUGCACCUGCGUCAAAGUUAACGAUACUGCCAUCUGCACAUUAUGUUAAUCCACAAGUUCACUCAUCAGUGGAUAUUCAAGUUAUGAAGUCAUCAAAUAAUUCAUUUGUUUCCCCACAUCCCACUGCUGUACAAAGAAUGUCUGUGAUAGACAAUGCUGUAAAUGCUCUUUCAUCAUGUUAUUCAAAUCUCCAACAGGAAAAGUAUGAUCUUAAUUCACAUGAUAACAUAAGAAUGAAUCCAGAUCUUAAUGAGAUGUCUUCAAAUAAAUCUUUUAAUGAAAAAUUGUCAUUAAAGUCCAAGUUGGAGUUUCAGUCCCAUGAAAAUCUUACGCAUUGUAGUCAGCCUCUUGACUCCAACGAAAAGGAUUUCCCUAGUACUAAAAGUACUCCAACAAGAAUAUCUGGUCCACUUAGUCGUCGAAACAGGAUAGCUGCCCAGUUUUCAUUGCCAAUUGAUUAACUUUUAAUUGACUUUAUGCACUUUUACGUAUGAGAAUAUCAUAGACAUUUUCUACUGAGACGCAUUUUAAUCAUUAUUUUUGUAGCUUUUAUUGUUGUUUUGUUGUUAAAGUAUUUAUUUUAAUUUAUUCUAGCAAAAUUUACAUGUUACAGGUUAGUAAUUAUUCUGUAAGAAAGCGAAAGUAACUGAAAUAUAAUUGUUUUCCUUUCGCAUUGUCGUUUUUCGGUUUUUAAGUAGUUUUCAAAAUGUAUUUUAAACUUGAAUGAUUUUUGACAACUAUCAUCUUGUUGUGAAUUAUUUAUAAACAAUCUAUUUGUUUACCGAGUUUAUUUUAAUAGCAAUUCACCGAAAGAUGAGAUACUUUUCUUACUGCUGUUGGGGUUUUAAAUUAUAGGAAAGAAUGGGCUCUUAAAAGUUCCAGAAGACUAUUAUUUUAUCCCACCUUUUAUGAAUUGCCUGGUCAUGUAAUCCUAUUGUUAGGUUUAUGAAAAUUAUAGCUUUAUUUAUCCAGACUUUCUUUGCAUUGCAUGUUUGUGAAUAUGCAAGCAAAACUCUUCCUGACUUGUGUGGAACUGCAUGCUUAAGGACUUUUUGCAGUGCAGAUUAUAAACUUAUUCAUCAAAUUGUUUUCCUUUUUUUUUUUUUUUUUUUUUGCAUUUUUUUUCAGAGGGACUGAAUUUAAGUCCUUGACCUUAUAUGAAUUACACUGAUACAUGUGUAUAAUUAAAAUAUUUGUCCUGUACUUGUAUGGCAAGUAAGACAUUCUUUGGCGGCUUUCAACUUUUAAACAUUUCCAUGUCCUUGAAAAUUAUCUUUCAUGAUCGGGUAAUAACUAUCCUGUAAAUUACAAUGCUGUGAUAUAAGACAAGAAUUAGGUUUUUAGCCUAUCUCUGUGUAGUAGUAAUGAGAAAUAUUUUAUUGUUCAUGAUACAUUUUCAUGUUUUGUUUGAUUGCCUAGGAAAAAUUGAAAGUUAUAUUUUGAUCUCUUGUAAUGAUCCUAAAUUGUCCUUGUAUUGACGUUUAUUUUCUAAAACCUGAAAGGGGAAUUAUUGUUUUUUUUUUCUUUCAUUUUGAACAUUUUUUGUUCUGAUUGUGUUCGUAAAAGUAUUUAUUUUUAUCCAAUAAAAAUUGAAUUUAGUCUCUU